CUUUCUACAUCUCUCUAGAAAAUCCAUCUCCACUCUUAUUUAAGCAUCACAUAAGUCUCAAACAAUCUCCAUCAACGAAAACAAAGAGAAGCAAGAAACAAAGAAGUUAUCAAGAAAGCAACACGAGAAGGGUCUAACAAUGGAAUUCGUAAGGUUUCCGAUUGUCUCAAUCCUCGAAGACAUGCUCGAACUCCCCGAGGAUCACAACGAGAAGAGCCGCAACAAUCCAUCAAGAUCUUACAUGCGUGACGCGAAGGCGAUGGCGGCUACGCCAGCUGACGUGAUCGAGCGCCCGAACGCCUACGUUUUCGUGGUGGACAUGCCUGGAAUCAAAGGAGAGGAGAUCAAGGUUCAGGUGGAGAACGAGAAUGUGCUCGUGGUGAGUGGGGAGAGGCAGAGAGAGAACAAGGAGAGCGAGGGACUGAAGUAUGUGAGGAUGGAGAGGAGAAUGGGGAAGUUUAUGAGGAAGUUUCAGCUGCCUGAGAAUGCUGAUUUGGAGGAGAUGUCUGCUGUUUGUCAUGACGGUGUGUUGAAAGUGACUGUUCAGAAGCUUCCUCCUCCUGAGCCUAAGAAACCAAAGACUAUUCAAGUCCAAGUUGCUUGAGUUUCUGGAUUUUGUCCUUUUUAUGCCAUGUUGGUUUGGUUUUCGGGUUCGGAUGUUAUUUGAAUGUGUGAGAGACUGUGUGAUGACGUGCGUUCUAAGCUUAAAUAAAGUUGUUCAAAAAAAAAAAGUGAAAUAAAAGUUGUUUCUCUGUUUUA